AUGAUACUUGAAGAAAAAUAUGGGACAUUGCCGAAAGUACCACUACGUGCAAGUUUCAUUGAUAUUCAUCCGAAUGCAAAAUGGACACAGAAUGGUAUCACUGUAGCUGGAGGAAAUGGAGAAGGCAGUGAAAUAAAUCAACUCAAAUGCCCAUAUGGUUUAUACGUCGACGAUGAUCAAACGAUUUAUAUCGCUGAUUGGUAUAAUGACCGUAUUGUGGAAUGGAAAUCUGGUGCAACGAACGGAAAAGUAGUUGCCGUUGAAAAUGGAGCUCAUCAAGUAAAUGGCUCACGAGAUGUGAUUAUCGACAAAGAGAGAGAUAGUCUCAUCAUCAGCGAUUACAGGAAUAAAAGAGUACUUCAAUGGCCUCGCCUAAAUGGUACUAGUGGAGAAACAAUUAUUUCGAAUAUCUCUUGUUGGGGUUUGACGAUGGACGACAUUGGAUCUCUCUAUGUUGUUGACAACGGAAAACAUGAAGUGAGACAAUACAAAAUUGGUGACACUCAAGGAACAGUAGUUGCAGGUGGCAAUGGAAAAGGAAAUCGUCUCGAUCAACUUUCUGAUCCCCGCUACGUAUUCGUCGAUCGAGAUCAUUCAGUUUAUGUGUCUGAUUGUUACAAUCAUCGUGUAAUGAAAUGGGAAGAAGGUGCAAAACAAGGCAUUGUCGUAGCCGGUGGUCAAGGAGAAGGAAACAGUCUUACACAAUUGUAUCAUCCUAAUGGAGUCGUUGUUGAUCAAUUGGGUACUGUCUAUGUGGCUGAUUCUGGGAAUCAUCGAAUCAUGCAUUGGCCAAAAGGAGCAAUACAAGGAAGUGUCAUUGUUGGUGGAAACGGUGAAGGAGCACAAUCGAAUCAACUUGAUCGUCCCAUAGGUCUAUCAUUCGAUCGAUAUGGCAAUCUCAAUGUCGCCGAUCAGUGGAAUAAUCGAGUACAAAAAUUUGAUAUCGAAUGA